UUUUUGGGCCAUGUGACAUUGUUGUCGUAUUAUCGGGCAGUUUCAAGGGAAAGAGGUCUGCUCCGAUAGUGGAUCUUUGCUUUAAGAAACGUGGCUUUAGCUGUGUACUAGAGGCGACCGGCUGACUGGCCUCUCGUUCACGAAUGACACGCAUGCGAGUCCGGCUUCUUCCUUCGACAGUCGACCUGCUUUCCGUACACUCGCCACUCGCACCCCUGCCUAAACAACCGCUAUCCUCGGCGAGAAAUGUCUGAGGUGGAAAAAGCUCUCAGCUCGGCCCCAGAGCCCGCCGCUGCAGUCCUGGACGCAGUGAACAGCACUGAACCCAACGGGACAGAGGCGCUCAAUGUUACCGCCAAAUUCGUAGCCACGCCGGAGGGUACGGCUUUGGCGUACGGCAGUCUGGUGCUUAUGGCACUGGUGCCCAUCUUUUUCGGAGCAUUGCGCUCCGUGGCCUGCUCCAAGUCAAAGAAUGCAUCAGACAUGCCAGAGACCAUCACCAGCCGAGAUGCCGCCAGAUUCCCCAUCAUCGCCAGCUGUACUCUCUUUGGACUCUACCUUUUCUUCAAGGUGUUUUCUCAAGACUACAUAAACCUGCUACUGUCGGUCUAUUUCUUUGCGUUAGGAGUGCUGGCGCUUUCUCACACGAUGAGUCCUCUCCUCUCCAGAAUCUUUCCUGGUUAUGUGCCAAACAAGCAGUACCAGCUUCUCUUCACACAGAGUGCCGGCGAGGCCAAAGAAGAGAUCAUCAACUAUGAGUUUGACACCAAUAACCUGGUCUGUUUGCUUGCCAGCAGUGUGGUAGGCGUCUGGUAUGUGUUCAAAAAGCACUGGAUCGCCAACAAUCUCUUUGGUCUGGCCUUUGCCCUCAAUGGGGUGGAGCUUCUGCACCUGAACAAUGUCAGUACUGGAUGCAUCCUGCUAGGGGGGCUGUUUGUCUACGAUAUCUUCUGGGUAUUUGGUACAAAUGUCAUGGUGACAGUGGCUAAGUCCUUUGAAGCUCCAAUCAAAUUGGUCUUUCCUCAGGACUUGUUGGAGAAAGGUCUGGAUGCCAGUAACUUUGCCAUGCUGGGUCUGGGUGACAUUGUCAUCCCAGGUAUUUUCAUUGCGCUGCUCCUACGUUUUGAUAUCAGUCUGAAAAAAAACAGCAGGACAUACUUCUGUUCCAGCUUCUUAGCAUACAUCUUUGGACUGGGCCUCACCAUUUUUGUCAUGCACACCUUCAAACAUGCACAGCCUGCUCUGCUCUACUUGGUACCUGCUUGUGUCGGCUUCCCCGUUGUGGUGGCCAUCUUCAGAGGAGAACUUGGAGAGAUGUUCAGGACUGGUCGUGUGGUGAGUAGGUUUAGCAGGGAAGCCCAGAAUUCCCUCUCCCGACCCACUUCAUCCAGCUAUUCUGGGGAGAUUCUGAGGUUUUUCCUGGCCAGCAUCUCUCAGAUGCCCAAUUCACCUCAUCUGGCUCCUUGCAAUGCUGAGGGAGCAGCGCUUCGACUGUGAGGAUCUCCCAGAUGACUGUGUUUUCAACCUAUCCCUAAUGAAAGCCCUGCAGAGGAAAAUCAUUUUGACUUCUAGCAUCUGCGAUCAUGUUGUUGUCAUAUUGGUCGUGACACACGGCUCGAGACCAUAGGUACGAGGAGUCCUUUGGGGAGGAGGGGAUAGGUAAAGAUGACUCAUCAGAAUCACUGAAGAAGGACCAAUAGCAUUCAGUGACCCCCAUCUGCCUUGCAAACACCCACAUUCUGCCAGUCGCUGCCCACCACAUCCCAUGUAGCUGCCUCCUGCCACACAUCCGAUUGCUUGUCAUUCUGUAUCCUUAUAGUCUGUGAGGCGGGGAGCCAGGAGCCCUCUUCCACUAAUAAGUGGCAAGGAUGAGCAGAUGGGGGCAGGAAUUCACACAAGUGAUGGCUAUGAUCAUAUGAUGGGUAAAGACAAGGAAAACGUUAUUUUAGAAUAAAUUUGAGUUUGGGAUUUUAAGUUUGACUGUGGGUGAUGUGUAAUUUUUUUAAUGUGCAUUCUGUCUUUUAAUUAAAUCUUUUAGACAGUAACAAAAGCAGACUAUUGGUGUAUUUUCAGCCCCUAAUUGUAAUUUGUGAUUAGGAUAAGUAAUGAACAAACUGCUUGAGCUAAUGGAAUAAUUGGAAUUGUUUUCCAAGGGUUGAGCUAAUAUUUAAUACAUAAUAAUCAUUUAUUUUGAUCUUUCAAAUCCCAUAGUGAAACUUAAGCCUGUCCCCCUCAUAUGGGCUCCUGCACAUAAAUGUUGAUGUUAUCAUCAGAGAUUGUCAUCCCACAUCUUUUUCUUUGUCUUUAAGGAUUGGGUAUUUCACAAUAAAACUUAAUUUCAGAGAAGUUUUUUUGGAGCUUUGUAUUCUGGUUGGUAAUAAAAUUGGGGGAGGCACUUAUUCUUUGGAAUAUUACAUUUGUUCUCAUUGUAUGCUGGGUUUUCCCCAAAGUUUGGUUCAUGUUUAUUGUUGAUGCUUCCUUUGCUCUCUUUUUCUUGUUGACGCUUCCUUUGCUCUCUUUCUUUUCUAUUUUGAUCUUAAGGAAAGGGGAAAAAAUGUUCUUGGACAUUUCUGUUUGCGUGAGGGCUCCAUGUUAAUGUUUGCCAGUUCAUAAAGAAUGCAUAAAGAA